AUGGCUCGUACUAAGUCUACCAUGGCCCGCAAGUCCGCCUCCGGCAAGGCCCCCCGUAAGCAGAUUGCUUCCAAGGCUGCCCGCAAGUCUGCUCCCUCUCAGACCCCCGGUGGUGUCAAGAAGCCCCAUCGUUACAAGCCCGGUACCGUUGCUCUUCGUGAAAUUCGUCGUUACCAGAAGUCCACUGAGUUGCUGAUCCGCAAGUUGCCCUUCCAGCGUCUUGUUCGUGAGUUGGCCCAGGACUUCAAGAACGAUCUCCGUUUCCAGUCCUCUGCCAUUGGUGCCCUUCAGGAGUCCGUCGAGGCCUACCUCGUCUCCUUGUUCGAGGACACUAACUUGUGCGCCCUCCACGCCAAGCGUGUCACUAUCCAGGUCAAGGACAUCCUUUUGGCUCGCCGUCUCCGUGGUGAGCGUACUUAA